AUGCUCAAAACUGCAAAAAAACACAAUGUCAACUUCGCUCCACUAAAAUUAACGAAGACCCUACAACAACAGAUGCCAGCUUGGAACCAUAUUGGAGCACCUCCCAAAAUGUACCGGAAAACAAAAGACUCCUGCCUUCAGAACACACAUAAGAUAAUCACAAUAGAAGAACUAACAACACUCACUUACCAGCUAAACAUACCUGGAAGACACCAUGCAAGGAAAAACUGCGCCUGUGAUGAAUGCAAAAGAGAUAGAACAUCUGGAUGUAAAAACCCCCACAAAUGCGCUAACACAGCAGACGAAAUACUCCGAAAACUCCCACCCAAAUUCCAACCCAAAAUGCCUCCAACAAAAGACAAUUUAACACUAACGCAUAGAAGAAAAGAGAAGAACGCCCGAGCAAGAGCAGGAGAACAAGACAAAAUCACCUUUAACCCGUCAAUAACUGAAAACAAUCUAUCUGAGUGCUUUAGAAUCUUCGCAAAUAGAUUGAAUCUCACCUGCACUCCUGCUUAUCAACUAGGACUCCCUCCAAUAAGAGAAAAUACAAGUGAAACACCCAUAAAUGCAUACAUGGACGGAUCAUGCAAACACAACGGUAAAGCAAAUGCAAUAUGCGGAAGCGGCAUAUGGAUAGCAGAAAAUCACCCACUAAAUAAGGCAAUUAAGUACCCGGCAAAGAACAAUCAAACC